AUCGCUAUCAAUGAUUUCAAGAAACGAGCAUCAGUGAUUGCCGAUCUUGAGGAGAUAUCCGAGUGCAUUUGCAAGUUCGUUCUUGUCGAGAAAUUAUAUCUUCAGGGCACGUCAGAAGCGGUGAAGGAGCUAGAAAAGGGUGUGGUCAAACUCUAUAAAAAACGAUCAAAAGCACAUUUGCCUCAGAAUCGGACCUUCGAACGGGUCUCGGCGACGCCCGCCAGGCAGAAAAGGAGGUUGAGGCUUGCAUGCGGCUAGUAGAUCGACAAGAUAACAUUGAUAGAUAUGCACAAGUGCUACGUGCAAUGGCAGGGGCUGAGAACAUCCUAAACGACGUCCAGGGCGGUCUCAAAGAUGCCGAGCGUGCAAAGAUUCUUGAGUGGCUCUCUCCGGAGCCGUACAUGCAGCAUCAUCAACAAUACCACCAGGACUUUCUAGACGGAACUGGGCAAUGGCUGCUAUCUGAUCCUGUCUUCAGAGACUGGAGAGGCGACACAGAUUCCUCCAUUCUAUUGCUUCAUGGAAUUCUUGGAUCUGGCAAGAGUACACUUGUUUCGUUGGUGAUAGAGAAGGCUCUUGUGGAUUAUAAAAGCGACCCUCGCUCAAAGAUGGUCUUCUUCUAUUGCUCACGAAACCCAUUGGAGCAUACGCGUUCUAAACCUCAGGCAAUACUUGCUAGUCUUGCGAGACAAUUAUCCUGUGCUGAACCGGGAAAGCCUUUACUGGCACCUGCCGUCCAGCUUUUCAAAGAAAGGCAGAUGAACGGGUUUGCGUCUGCAUCACUUACGAUGGAAGAAAGCCUGAAGCUUAUUUUACAACUCACUCCAUUCUACGAUUCGAUCACUAUCGUGAUAGACGCCUUGGAUGCAUGCAACCCUCAAGAGCGACCUGGGCUACUUAGAGCUCUAGAAGACAUUAUCCGAAGGUCGACCAGUCCCGUCAAGAUAUUCAUAUCGAGUCGCACCGAUCAAGAUGUCUCACAUUUACCACAUUGUCUAAAACUCGAGAUUGACGCCCAAAGAAACAGUGACGACAUUGCGCGAGUUGUAAAAGGUCAAAUUGAGAAACUCGUAGCAUCUGGAACGCUGCUAAAUGAGAGCGACUCGGUGGAAGAUAUGAAGGAAUUCAUCGAAGCUAAGGUGAUCGAGGGUGCUGGUGGCAUGUUCCGUUGGGCAAGCAUGCAGCUCAAAUAUCUUUGCUCAUUCAAAUCUGAUUACGACAUUAAGAACAGCCUCGGUCGACUUCCACCAGACCUGAAUACCCUGUACGAUGAGAUUUACGAUAUUGUUUCUAUACCUCCAUGCAGGAACGAGGCAGCAAUUUUCAAGAAUGCAAUUUGCUGGCUAUUGUGUGCCCGGACGAGGCUGCGAGCCCAAGAAUUCCUUCAUGUUGUGUCAUUUAAUCUCCAGUCGGACCGUAACGAAGCCGUUGUAUCAAUAGGCCGCGUGCUCGAGAUUUGUAACAACUUCGUUGUCUAUGAUCAUCAGCUGGAAACCUUCCGCUUUGCCCACUGGUCCGUCCAAGAGUAUUUGAAGCAGAAGGUCGAAUUCAACAGCUCGGAAACGAACGCUCUGACGGCAGAAGUUUGUCUCCACAAUGUACUGUCCGCCGACUCAAACUUUUCAUCCCGGAAAUUGCUUUGGAACUUAGGUUUGCACGCGCAUUCAUCUCAGUAUGAUUUUGAAGAAUUGCGCAAAUACGCAGAUGCUCAAUGGCCCCACCAUUGCCGGGGAGCAGAGCACAAAAGGAAGUCUGGGAACUUGAAGCCAAUAUUACAACAUGUGUUUGGUCUUGGCGGCACGAACACGAACUCCGCUCUUGUCCACUGGAUCAAACGGAUACAGAAGUCUAGAGGAAUACAUCUGGACUGGUUCGGAAGAUUGAAUCUAAGAGACUCUGUUGGGGAUCUAGAUUCAGAUUUGUCUAUCCGUUUGUUGGCUUCAUGCGCUUUUGACUUCAGCGAAUUAUUAGAGGACAUAUUGAAAGAUCCAGCUAUACCAUUGCAGAUCACGCCCAAGAGCUGCCAAAAUCUCUUGAAUGUCGCCUUGAUCAACCGAAGUAGGGCGUGCAUAAGGAUUCUGCUGGGAUCAGAUCAGCUUAUGGCUACAAGAACUCCAAGCAACACGUUCACGGCAUAUCUUCUCAAUCGAGUUCAGAAAAUAUGUCAGUUGGUCACUCCAGCUGCACUGUCCUGGAUAUUUGAUACAAUGGCACAGCCUCCUGACCUGCAUGGAGACAAUGCGGUGAUCUGGGAAGAGGCAGUUUUUAUGACUGCAAGGAACCUUAACAACGAUAAGGAGGCUAUGACACUUCUCCUUGACCGGUACGGAGACACCAUCCCGAUCACAGAGAGGAUACUUGAAUUACUUGUAGGAAGUGAAAAUGGUAAAGAUAUCAUGACACUCCUGCUCGCCCGGCGCAGAGACGAAGUCGUGAUUACAGGGGGUUUGUUUACUUCAGCUCUGAGGAACUACAAAAGCGGUCACGAGAUUUUGGCACUCCUUCAUGCUCAGCGCAGCAAUGUCCGAUUCGCGGAAGACUGUGAGGAUCUUCACGAAGCCUUGCACGUGGCCAGCACACUAGAUCUUUAACACUUGGCGCCUAUCUACCGUAAUUCAGUCUUCAGACACCAAUAGUCACGAC